CGCAAGGGCUUCACACCGAGUGGAGUUCUCUUAGCGAGUGGAGGUGUGCGCCUCGUCCGUGUCGUUGGGGGUAUACUUUGCUUAGGGAUUUUCAAGAUGGUGGUGUGUUUGCGAGGUUAAGCCCGCGAGGAUAUGUAAGCCAGCCGCUUCGAGUGUGUACGAGCUGUCAGCGAGCAAUGGACAGUCUCGCCCGCCAGCCAUGAGAUCACGAGCGGCCCGUCGUGUCUCGCUUUGGCUGUGGAGCGCCGUUGUAGCUCUUGUACUGUGGGCCCCGCGAGGAUGCGCUGCCGGGCGCACGAGCGAGCAUCUGGACAACGUGACCCAGACCAUCGAGAUGCUGUUGGACGGGUACGACAUCAGACUCAGACCAAACUUCGGAGGCGAGCCUUGUUACAUCGGAAUGGACAUAACCAUCGCGUCCUUCGACUCCAUUUCCGAAGUAAAUAUGGACUACACCAUCACCAUGUACCUCAACCAGUACUGGAAGGACGAGAGACUAGCCUUCAGUUCCAGCGACGAACUCCUCACUCUUCCAGGGGACUUCGCCGAGAAGAUUUGGGUUCCAGACACCUUUUUCGCUAAUGAUAAGAGCAGUUAUCUCCACGAUGUGACUGAAAAGAACAAGAUGGUUCGUCUUCACGGUGACGGGUCUAUCACGUACGGGAUGCGGUUCACCACAACCCUCGCUUGCAUGAUGGACCUCCACUACUACCCUCUAGACAGCCAAAACUGCACCGUGGAAAUUGAAAGUUACGGGUAUACGGUAGCGGACGUAGUGAUGUACUGGAAGGACAUCCCUGUGGUGGGAGUGGAGGAGGCCGAACUGCCCCAGUUUACCAUCAUGGGCUACGAAGCUAACGACCGCACGGAAGAGCUAGCCACGGGGGUCUACCGCCGUCUCUCAAUCAGCUUCAACCUACAGCGCAACAUUGGGUACUUUGUGUUCCAGACGUAUCUGCCCAGCAUCCUCAUCGUCAUGCUCUCAUGGGUGUCCUUUUGGAUCAACCACGAAGCCACCUCCGCGAGAGUGGCUUUGGGCAUCACCACCGUCCUCACCAUGACUACCAUCAGCACGGGCGUGAGGUCCUCACUCCCCAGGAUCUCCUACGUCAAGGCCAUCGACAUCUACCUGGUGAUGUGCUUCGUGUUCGUGUUCGCAGCGCUCCUUGAGUACGCCGCCGUCAACUACACGUACUGGGGCCAGCGGGCCAAGAAGAAGGCCAAGAAGAUGAAGGAGAGCAACGGCCAACAGAAUAAGCAGUCCCCAGCUAUCAAGGCGGAUGGCAUCGCAGCGAAUGAAGAAAUUAUUGAACUGCAGGAUAUUCGUAUGUCACCCAUACCGUCUAUCAGGCAACGACACAAUUCCAAGUUCUUCUCUAGCGAAGGAUCGCUGCAAGAUAUCAAGUUCCCACCGUCUUUCCGGAUCAACAGGAACUACUCCUUUCCGACCCGCUCUAGCAUCCACGCCCCAAGAGCCCCCAAUAGGAAGCGCGUUAUCUCCUCCCUCAAAAAAGGAGCUUCGGCCAUCAAGGGCGCCAUCCCCACUAUCAAAGAUGUUAACAUUAUCGACAAGUAUUCCAGAGUAAUCUUCCCGCUUUCCUUCAUCUUCUUCAACACAGUGUACUGGUGCUUUUAUAUUCUCUAGAGUCCUGGGGCGAGAGUGGUGGCAAUCGGUGAAUGCUGAUGUUUACUUGUUGUGUGUCCGGGUGUUCCUUACCCUUCCGUACCUUUCUCCAGUUCAUGCUGGCUACUGGAGUCCUGCGCUUCCUUUGCUGGAGAUGCUAUAUGGGGACCUCCCUACCCUAGCCCUCCCCUGCUUUCCUUUGUAUUCAAGGCAAGAACAGUUCGGAACCUUCCCCGUUCAGUGCAAGUUUUAAAGACUUCUGGCUAUAAAUUCGUUGCCAGGAACAAUUGUGAUAUAACUGGUGAUGCCAAAAAAUAAGGCAUGUCAAAGAUUGUCAAUGCUUAUUACACUGUACGAGGUGAUUCUCUAGGGAGGUGUCAAUAACUUGUUUGUGGGAGUCGAUAAACAGUCCGCUACAUAUAUGCGUGACGUCGUGUCCUCUGCGUCGUGAAGACUCAGCAGCUCAAAACUACGCUACAAAGGAUCUCACAGGAAGCAACAACUGAAUCACAAUAAGAAGUUAGCAACUGAA